AUGCUAACCAGAGUGAGGCACCUAUUUCGUCCAGAAACCCAGGAAUCGCUUAUUAAAAAGUAUACCAGGGACCUUUCGACCAUCACGUCUCAGAUUCAUAGCCUCGAUAAAACGUUGAAAAAGAAGGAUGUGACCCAAGCCAAAUGGCAGCGAAACUUCAAUAUUUACGGAUCAUCUCUGUUGAUCGCUUUGACAGCCGUACUUUACACAUUUUUUAAGACGAAGGCAGCCUUGUGGCUUGUUGUGGCAGCUAGUUUUGCUGCGUUCAUAGCUCUCAAGGUGUGCAUUAAGAAAUGGUUCAACUUCUCAGCUCAACGAACGAGCUUGAAAAUGGACAAACUUAAGGCAGAACAUCAAGAAAAGCUAGAGGCGCUGAAACAGAAGACGCAUUUUUAUUCGACAAAUUCUCUAAUUCAAAGAUUCUCAUCUGGUGAAUAUCAGGCGGAAGAUGCGAUAACGCUAAUGGACGAAGAAAUGAAAAAGAAGCAUGAAGAACUGGGCCAGCUACAAGAAGAGCUUCGAAACCUCAAGCACCAGGAAGAUACGCAGGAGUCUCAGGCCAAGAGAGAAAAAUGGUUUGACAAGAUGUUAGGCGUGCUCUCGGGCGGUGACGCAGUCAAUGCUCAAAUAAGGCCCAUAAUAUGCCAGAAAUGUGGGAAACAUGCGGGUUCGUACAUGCUGCCAGGAAUGCCUCUACAGUAUGUAUGUCCGUUGUGUGGAUGGGAAUUGAAGAGCGAAUCUGCGGAUAGUGUCAAGGUGGGGGACGAAAAAAAAUCGGAUUCGACGCUAAGUAAAGAGCCUAUCUAG